GUGGCCGCGCCGCUCCCGCCGGUAGCAGCGACGCCGCCUCCCCCAAGCCCCGGCUCCGCGGGCGCCCGUCGCGGCCCCUCGAGCGAGUGGGUGCCGCGGGCUGGCCGGAGCGGCCCCAGGGACCCGCUUCCUUCGCGCCCGCGUAUGCGAGCGGCCGCCGCCAGGGAGCCUGUCUGCCACCCCCGCUGGGCCCCUGCAGCGGCCGAGACACUGAGCCCGGCUCUUCCCAGGAGGAGGCGACGUCCCGGGCGACCGUGGCGGCCCGCAGCCUCCGCCGCGCCGCUCCGCCAGGCAGAUGCUGCUUCUUAACUGGGAAAAAUCCGAGUGCAAGACUGACUGCUGUUGAGGCCAGCUGCGUGCAUGCAGGCUUGGGAGGACAAGCUGCUGUUAAAGCAAUGCAGAAAGCCAUUGUGAUCACCGAGCAGCCAGUCUCCGUCUCUGUCCCUGUUGGAUACUCCUUUGCUCUGCGAUGCAGAGCUGAAGCCUGCACAUCUCUGCAGUACCAAUGGUUUUGUCAGCACCAGUCUGUCUGCUGCCAGAUUCCUGGUGCCACUGAACAAGACUUGCUCAUCACUGCACAGCAGACCCAACUCUACACCUGCAGAGUCAAUGACCUCUAUAAAAAUGCUGUCUUCUCUAACUGGGUGAAAGUGGAGGUCCAUCAGUGUGUUGCCAGAGGUCUACUCCCUCAGCUUUGGCGAGGAGAACCAGUCAUCAUCCUCAACCCCACUGAGCAGAAGGUAGAAGUAGGGAAGCCACUACAACUGCAGUGUGCUGCCAUGGGGGUCCCAGCCCCAAGCUUCCAGUGGUACUGUAACGGGAAUGUGCUGGAACACCAGAAGAAAAAAAAACUCUGGAUCAGCCAUGCAAAGGUCAGCGACUCCGGCACAUACCUCUGCUGCGCUUCUAAUAGCCGUGGAGAGCACUGGACCAAUGCAGUGGAUAUUCACGUGGGUACAUGUCACUCUGAAAAGUUUUUUGCUACAGACAAGAUAGCGCUUUUAGUGGGCAACAACCAUUACCAGCAUCAUCCAAACCUGAUGGCUCCUGUCACAGAUGUAUUUGAAUUGAGUCUUCUUCUAAAGCAACUGGGGUUCCAGGUUGUGUCUCUUCUGGACCUGAACAAGGCUGAGAUGAUGACAGCGGUCAGUCGAUUCCUGCAGCUCCUGGGGAAAGGGGUCUACGCUAUAUUUUACUAUGCCGGCCAUGGAUAUGAACAUUCGGGGAGGAACUACAUGGUCCCUAUUGAUGCCCCACAGCCCUACGCCCCUGAGAACUGCAUCAGCGUGCAGAGGAUCCUCCAGAAGAUGCAGCAGCGGCAGACAGCCCUGAAUCUCAUUCUUCUGGAUACCUGCAGGAAAUGGUACAACCCAGAGUGUGCCCUGUCCCAGGUGCAGCCACUGGAGCCCUGGGGCAAUACUGUUUAUGGUUAUGCCACAAGUGAAGAUGCAGAAGCCUAUGAGUUGCAGGAUGGGGAAUUCAGCUCUGGGAUCUUCAUGAAAUAUCUGAAGAAACAUAUUCUGCAGGAGAAAAAAGUUACGCACAUGCUGGAGGAUGUGUUAGAAGAUAUUGGCCGGGAUCCUUUGGUCACUGGGAAGCAGGUGAUGGAGAUCAAGCACACAUUGAAGGAAGCACGGGCCCUGACAGACCCUAUCUGCCCCUUGGGAGCAGCCACGCUACGCUGGGGACGCAGCCAUGAGCUGCUUAAUGAAAUAGUGAUGUUCCCAUGUGGGGCACGGGUGGAGCUCCGUUUCCACCAGGUUUUCUCCAAUGUGAUAUAUGUGUGCGCCAAGCUGCAGGCACCGCCGUCCCACAUCGCUGAUGUCCGCCUCCUGCUCUGCCGUCCAACUGAAAGGCAAGAUGAGGCAACCCUGAAGGACAGCUGCCCAGACCAGGUGGAGUCUCUACUUGCCUCUGUUUACAAGCAGGAGGAACAGGACUGUGCAUUCCAGCUCAGUGGACUGCAGAAAAUUCAGACAGAUGUGCUCCUGCAGUUGGAUUUGCAUUACACCCAGCUAAGCACAAAGCAGAGGACUUGUGAAAGCCUACAGAAAAUCCUCCAGAAAUCUCUGGUAGCGCAGUUGUUCAGCCACAGAAAUUCUACCCAGCCAUACUACCAGCAAGCUCCAGCAUCUGCAGGCAGCCUGUGCCUCAGGGACACAUCCACGCUGAGCACAGGCCCAAAGGCACAGACAUCUCUGAGGAUGGGCUCAGGACAUAGUUUGCCGAACAGCACCCCCUCCAACUCAUGCAGUGAGCCAGAAGAGAACGAUGAGAACAACUUGAGUGAGCUCUGCUCAGCGCUGCUCCGGGCUGGCCCAGGGCAGGACUGUCCUUGACCUGCGGACUGUUGUGACCAUGCCUGGGAACCAUAUUUUUGAAAAGGCAACAGUUACUCCAGUGAUAAACACGACGGAAGUCAUCGGCUGCCUUCAGCCUCAGUAAUCACUCUGGCCAAAUCAGGCUGCAUGUGGCUGAGGCUGCUUUUGGAAAGGCCUCUCCUGUCUGCCCCCUGCAACAUGCCCGGCUGAAGCCCGCUGGAAAUAACCUCUGUCCUACAAAAUGUUCUGUGUUGUUGGGAACAGCGAGGAGUAAUUGUCAUGUCUAGUGGAAGACAGGGCCAUCCUACAAGUCAUAACAUUUCCAGGCAAAACCUAAUAUUGCUUAUAAUCAAGGGCACUGGCUGAUGUUUUCUGAGAAUUAGCCUUUGCUAAGCAAGUGCCUGAAAGCAUUACAGCACUAAACAUGAUGAGGUGGGAUACCCAUACACACUACAGGCCUGUACUACAGCAGGGACACAGUCUAAAAACCCAAACACAACUGCUAGCUCUCAUCACACUUGUGCAGGUGACGCAAGGAAUUAAUGAGUGACCAAGAUAAAGCUGUAUUUAUGCAUAAGCUUUCCCCCAGGGUUACAGUGUGGUUUCCUUUCCUUUCAAAUCCUGCCUAUGGAAAAGCAGAUGAUAAAUUAUGUGUUUAUAUACUUCUAAAGAGUGCAUUUGUAUUUUCCUGCUUACCAGGAAAAGGAGGUUGAGAUGUCCUGUCAAAUGCAUGUUUACAACAGAGGCUGGUUUUCCAUCAGUAGCAGCUACAGGUUCAUGCUUCCCCCUGCCGCUUCUAGUAUGCUACACACAGACAUAAAAGGGUGUUAAAUCCUCUGUGGUUGCUCUCAGAUAUAGAGCCCCCUAAGUCUGGGAGAUGGAGAGGACAAGAUGGAGGAGGAAGAACCUCAAAGUUUUUAUUACUACAAAUUUUUUCAAAGUGCUGUCUCUCUCUGUGUGCAUUCACCCUCGGCAACCUCAAGUCCUACCCUUCAUGCAGAACCAGCUAGUCGGAGAGAACCACAAGUGAGCAAGGACCAAAAGACAGCCUAAGUAGGUGCAGUACCCAUUCCUGCUUCUGUAAUACUUGUUUAAAAUUUUGGCAUAGCACCAGCUGAUUGCUCUUCAAGGGCAUGGGAGGGCGUCAACUAGUAGCAGAGGGACCAUUAAUCCUAGUGAGGUGUGGGAUCUCUGUCCUUGGAGACAGGCCACUCUGGACUGGUGAAGAUGCAGAUGAACUGAUUUAAUUUGGCCCUUCUUGGAGCAGGAUGUUAGACCAGAGACCUCUAGAGGUCUCUUCCAGUUGUGAUUUUACAAAAGGAGGAACUUGGAGAUCAAGAGAUUCUUGUGAGGUCAAGGAUGACAGGGUGGGGAGACCACCUGAUGUCUCCUGUCUUGGUCUAAAAGAGGGAUGAAUAGAGCAUUUUCUAUGUUAUGGUCCUCUGUCAGCAGCAAAGAUACUUGUAUCUCAGUAUGCAGUGGGGACUGUCUAUUCCAGCAUGGAAAAAUAUGAAAUGCUUCUUCCAGGUAAACCACUCUACAAGUGUUGGAAACCUGUCCAAAGUGAAUGGAGGAGGCUUUUAUUCUUUUCAAUGUGUUGAGAAGAGAGGCCCCCUCUGGCUGAAGGCUAGAAAGUCACCUAGGAAAAAGCAAAGCCCUCCCCCCCCAUCCCCACCAAAUGUACCUUAGAGUAAACCAGAGGAAAACAAUCUAAUUGAGGGGAAAACCAAAGAUCAAAUCAGCAGUGGUAGAAGUUCAGUGGGAGUUGCCGUGCAGGCAGUUGGGAGGUGCUGAGAAUCUCGUUGCUUACUGCCUCUGAGAACAGCAUUUUAGAGGAGGGACUAUAUGCUCCUCUCUAUAUCUGUUGGGGCAAAAUGCAUCUCUGACUUGGUGUAAUCAUGGCCAGUGGCACCUCUUGUGAAUGUUGAGCUUACCCAAAUCUGUUGAUUUUUUCUGAAUAAAACACUAUUGGUUUUGAA